UCGAGCUUAUUGCUUCGUCGAGAGCUCGUGCGAAACCGAUCUCGCUCGCGACGACGAAUAAAGAAGGUCUUCGUCUCCGCCCCUCUCGCGCAUCGCCAUGGGGAUUAGGGUUUUCUCGGCCCUCUUCGCGCUCCUCCUCCUCGCCUCCCCGCUCCUCCCCGUCGCUAGAUGUGAGACGGAUGAAGAAGCUGCUGCAAAUGAAGUUAUUGAGGGUGCUGAUCUUGGCAUUGUUGGCGAUGAUACACAAGUCUUUGGUGAUGGAACUUUUAGUCCAGCUCCUGGAGUAAAUACUGUAUGCGUUUUCCCCAAAAAUGCUGGCAAAUUGGUGCCAGCAGGCGAGGAAACGGAGCUACUGGUGGGCGUGCAUAAUGAGGGUGAAUCAACUUUAAAAGUUGUUGCCAUACAUGCUAGCGUUCAUCUCCCUUUUGACCAUCACAUGUUUGUCCAGAAUCUUACUGUUCAGGAGUUCCAUAAUGCAUCAGUUCCUGUCUCUGUCCAAGCUACAUUUCCUUAUAUAUUUGCUGUAAGCAAAUUCUUGCAGCCUGGUUCAUUUGACUUGGUUGGCUCCAUAGUUUAUGAGAUUGAUCAGCAUCCCUACCAGACUGUUUUUUACAAUGGUACCAUUGAAGUUGUUGAGGCUGGCGGUUUUCUCAGUGUUGAGUCUGUCUUCCUUAUUACCCUUGGAGUUGCCCUGCUUGGGCUUUUUGGACUGUGGGCUUAUGGUCAGAUACAACAAAUCUCAAAGAAAACCAAGAGAGCGCCCAAGGUGGAAGUCGGUACUGCAACAACAGAUGCUAACAUGGAUGAGUGGUUGCAGGGAACUGCAUACUCUCAGUCACUGUCAAGCAAGUCAAAGAAAAAGAAGUAGAUUUCCAGAAGAGCAAGCAAUGUUCGGUUCUGAUGUUGGCUCACUUAGGUUUAUGAAAUGAAAUAUUGCGGUCUAUUACUCCGGUUUUGAUUAUACUUGGAUCCUAUUUCUCCAUUUAAUCCUGUUUGUGUAUUUUUUUGUUGUUUUUUUCCUCGUUACUUUUGUGAACCUGGCUGGCUACACGUAUGGCUGAGAUGCAUUCCGUCGCACUAGGGCUACAGAUGGUGAUUGAAUGGGUGUAGUUUUGACUAGCAUCGAAUCCCCAUCAUGUCAAACAAUUCUGUC